CUUUCCCCCAACCGUUUAACUGGAACAAUCGGUGGCCAUAACGCUUCUCCUGUCUUUACCCUUCUCCGCUUUAACCGGUUACUUCCCUCUCCUCUCUUAUAUAUACCCCCGUUCGGUAUAGCUCACCCUUUGUCGCCCUUGAAGCUCCAAAUAAAAAAAAAAAAAAAGAAAACCCGUAUAACACAUCCAAAGCACCAAAAUUUCCUUUGCAUGCUUUUAAAUCUGAUUUCAUGGCUGUAACAAGCACAUCAAACGGAAAAGAAAUGGAUCGGAUCAAAGGUCCAUGGAGCCCCGAAGAAGAUGAUUUGCUCCAAAAACUGGUUCAAAAACAUGGCCCCAGAAACUGGUCUUUGAUCAGCAAAUCAAUCCCGGGUCGAUCCGGGAAAUCCUGUCGACUCCGAUGGUGCAAUCAACUGUCACCUCAAGUUGAGCACCGGGCCUUCACCCCCGAAGAAGACGAGACCAUCAUCAGAGCUCAUGUCCGGUUCGGUAAUAAGUGGGCCACCAUAGCCCGGCUCCUCAACGGUCGUACCGAUAACGCCAUUAAAAACCACUGGAAUUCAACGCUAAAACGUAAGUGCUUGUCGGUUGGGGAAGAAUGUAAUUUUAUUUCUAACGGAGGGUAUGAUGGUAAUUUGGGAGGGGAAGAGCGACAGCCGUUGAAAAGAUCGGUGAGUGCUGGGCUUUACAUGAGCCCAGGAAGCCCAUCGGGAUCCGAUAUGAGCGAUUCUAGUGUUCCCGUUUUAUCAACUUCACACGUGUACAAGCCCAUCCCAAGGACCGGCGCGGUUAACGUUGAUGUCAAUGUUAUGCCAGCUGGAACCGAAGCGGCGUCGUCUUCUAACGAUCCACCGACUUCACUGAGCCUGUCUUUACCAGGGGCCGAGUCAUGCGAGGUGUCAACCCAUCCAAUUACGGAGUCAACUCAGGUGAGGAGCGAAGCGAAAAGCGAAGAAAGGGGAGGUGGAGUGAUGGGGUUCAGUGCGGAUUUUAUGGCGGUGAUGCAAGAGAUGAUAAGGGUGGAGGUGAGGAAUUACAUGGUGCAGAUGCAGCAACAAAACGGCGGGGUUGCAGGAGGGGGAAUGGGUAUGAUGUUGGACGGUGGAUUUAGGAAUGUUAUGGCUAUGAACCGAGUUGGGGUGAGCAAGAUUGAGUAAACUUUUUUCAAAAGUCGAGAGAGGCAAAAGAAGAGGAAAAACAGCGCUUCUGUUUUUUCUUAAUAUGGGAAUAAUAAUUUUGGUUAAUGUACAGAGACUGAGAGAGAGGGGUUAAAAGGGGAAAAUGAGAAGAAAAAAAUGGACCUUUAAAAAAAAAACCUGUCUCUUGAUCUUGUUCUUAGUAGAUUUUAGGGAACAAUGAAAAUGGAAGAAAAGUGAAUGAGAAGCAAAAAAAAAAGGAAAAACAUCCUUUUAAAUUUCAAUCUAAGCUCUUUUAAUCGUCUUUCUUAUUGGAAUUUUUUUUUCUUACCUAAAUUUAAAUCAUUUUUAUAUGUAAAUUCAAAGAAUUUCUGAGCUCGGAAAGUCUACAUGGUUAAUAUUUUUUUGCUUGUUUAUGUUAGGAACUGAAAACUAAACGGAAAGAUAACUGGGCUUACCGAUUGUAAUAUUUUUAUUUUAGUUCUUUUUUUAUUUGUUUUUAAUUUAAGUAAGAAAAAAAUAGAUCAAAUAAAGCAGACAACUGUCAAGUUUUAAA